GGCUCCCGCCAUCAUGGCUUCUCGGGGGUUCGUUGGCAUUUUCCUCCUCUCGGCUCUCCCCCUCUUGUGUCUAGAACUCCGGCGUGGGAUCCCCGAUCUAGGAGUUAAGGAUCUAAUUUUGCUGUGUGGCCGGAUUCUCUUACUGCUUGCUCUUCUUACUUUAAUUAUUUCUGUGUCUACCUCAUGGCUUAAUUCAACAAAAUCUUCCCAAGUGUAUCUGAAAGAAGAAGAAGAGAAGAAUGAAAAAAGGCAAAAGCUUGUCAGGAAAAAACAACAAGAGGCACAGGGCGAAAAGGUCAGCAGAUACAUAGAGAAUGUUCUAAAACCUCACCAGGAGAUGAAAUUGAGAAAACUGGAAGAGCGCUUUUAUCAGAUGACGGGUGAAACCUGGAAGUUAAGCAAUGGUCAUAAACUUGGGGGUCAUGAAGAGUUGGUGCCUGAAAAUGGGAGUCAGACAUCUUUUGAAAUAUCAAACAGCAGAGAAGCAGCAAACAGACAUAACUUGCCUAAGCCUUUAACCAAAAUGUCACCAUCUUCUGAACAGCCCACCCAGAAGGAGGUUCUUGAUCUACCUGAAGAACCUCCUGAAACAGCUGAAGAAGUAGUUGCUGUUGCUCUCCGAUGUCCAAGUGGGAGGGUCCUGAGAAGAAGGUUUUUUAAGUCUUGCAGUUCACAGGUCUUAUUUCACUGGAUGAUGAAAAUCGGGUACCACACAUCCCUGUACAGCCUUUCUACUUCCUUUCCUAGAAGGCCUCUGGAAGUGGGGGAAGGCUGGUCCCUGCAGGACAUAGGAAUAACCGUGGAUACUGUACUCAAUGUGGAAGAAAAAGACCAAAGCAACUAAUUAAAUUAGUUAUGCCGUGAUUCACGUUAAAAUCAUGCCAUACCUUGAUUGAGCUCAAGGCAGUAAACACGUUAAUGUUGAUCUCGUUGGGAACAUGUGGACAUGAAGGAUUAGAGAAGGAUUGCUCUCUGCAUAUAAUAGUUUUUGGAAUGUGCUGUCAUAAUGUACCACCUAAAGACUAGCUAAAACUGUAAGGCACUCCAUGGUUUGUUCUCUUCCUAGCUGACAUCAUUUAUCACUAUAUUGAAAAACAAAAUCAUAUGACUUUGUUUCCUGCUCUUCAGUCCACCUUGCCUUAUGAACAUUUCACAAUUCAGUCAAACUCUUUAAAAUUCAUUAAGUAGAAAUGUUUGUUCUGCUGUAUUCCUAGAAAUGAAAUUUGAAAGACAUUUCAAAAGUCUUUAAUGCUUUACAGUUCUUUUUGAUAUUUGAUAAAGGUUAGUACCCAAAAUAUAUAAAGAAUGUAUAAACUCAAUACCCAAAAAACAAA